UACACAUAGUUUGUUUUUCCCCCGAAGAAGAAGUGCAUUUCAUUUUAAUGCAGACAUGAUUUUCCCGGUUUAUUUGCUUUUUGUGGUGAUCAACCUGACUCUAUCCUUGAAUGUUAACAUCCCACAACCAACUUAUGAGUUUGCUCGGGGUGACACCGGUGUUAUACCAUGCAACUUUAGACCUCAGAAUCCAAACAGCCAGUCGAUCAUCAUCAUCUGGAGUGCACAUCCAGAUAAUCCUACUGAUAACAAUAUUAAUAUUGAAACAUGUUACUACAAUGCUGCUGGAGGUGGAUCUGUUGAAGAGGACGUUAGUGCCGAAUAUACUGGCCGAGCUUCAGUUCAGGCCAACAUUCCUCUAGGACAAGCGCCCUUGACCCUCAAGUCUCUAACAUCUCAGGAUAGUAGAGUGUAUCAGUGUGAUGUUAGAAUUCGUGGUGAUAAAAAAGGAAAGCUCUCGGAUACCACAACAGUAGUGGUUUUGGUGGCUCCUUCCAAGCCCAUCUGCGCCAUUCAGGGAAGAGCAGAGUUUCACGAGAAUAUCAACCUGACCUGUCAUUCAGACGAGGGCACGCCAGUACCGACAUACAAAUGGCAAAGCUAUGAUCUAAAUAAUAAUUCCCGACCAAAUCCUCCCAAAUCCAAAAUUGUGAAUGGAGUUCUGUCACUUUUUAAUAUUUCCAAGGACACCAGUGGUUAUUACAUCUGCAUGUCUGUUAAUAAAAUCCAUUAUGCAACCUGUAAUCUGACUUUGGCCGUCAUGCCACCAUCCAUGGACUACCAACCCACAAAAGGAAUAACUGAAGAAUGUGCAGGAAAUUGCCAGUGGUGUACAUGAAAAAAAUGUGAAAGAACACGGCCUUUAUUUAAAAUUAUGUGCUUUCUGGCAUGACACUUUCAUUAAAAAGCAAACAAAGGGGGUUUAAUUUUCUAAAAUCUUCUGAAAUUUUACAUUUAUAGUUUAAACUUCAUAUAUAUGUCAUUGGGAAGUAUUUGUGUAAUGCUACACUAUUUGAUUAAUCGUUUAAAA